AUAAAGCAAAAAUUAUUAUUAUUACUAUUAGUAUUGGAGCAGGUUGGAAAAGAUUUGCGAGUAGUCAGGCCAAAACAUAGCAUCAGUCUUUUAAAUUUUUUACUGUUUAUCCCAGACACCUGGGGAAAUGUACCUUUCGAUGAGAGUCUUCGAGUUGCUUAAAAUGUAUGCCAGGCUGCUAAUAACAUGCCUCUUAAUCACUUUCAAUGGUACAGAUUUCUUAUCUCCAUUUUAUUUACCACCUAACUAUUCCCCUAGUCAUCACCUUGGUCCAGUGUAGUUUCAUUAUCUUUCUUUUCUUAAAUGUUGCAACUUCUAGACUUUUGUGUGGUCUUAUGUUGUUAGAGCAGUCAUCAAAGUAGGACGUCCAGUGCUUCUGCAUGAAUAGAUAGAUAUUCUUCAUGCCAGAAAGAUAACCUAGUCACCUUGUUAGUCUUUGUGGAUCAUUACCGAUGUUAUUUUCUUUCAUAUGGUAAGGGUCAGUUUUAUUUGUCUGAUUAUAGGGAAAACCUACCUGAAACAUUUGCUUCUGUGACUUGUACACUUCGUUGGUUUAUUCCUCAAGGGGCUUUUACACUAAAAAUCAGUAUCACUAACGUUGAUAUUUCCAAUAAAAAGAAAUACGGUUAACAGCUGAAAUAUUCAUUUACGGUGUCACAUAACAAGAGAUAUGGAUUUACAUAUGACACUUCAGUUCACUUCAGGUAUUCAUGUUUAAUGGGGAUCAGUUAAACAGAGUUGAUUAUUACGUUUAAUGCACUGCUAGUGUUUUUGCUACUACUUUUAUCUAGACAUUGACGUGUAUUCUGAAAUUAAAGUAUGCGUGGUGAGAAGAUAAUUAACUCUGGGUAGGUGAUAGUAGUUUAUCAAAUAUAUAUAUAUUUUCAAAAGUGUACCGAAACUAUGCCUGGUGGAUAGUUCAUCCACCUCUGAAGACGAGCCAUUAUACACAAUCACCAAUGAUAAAAACUAUUCACCACGUUCAGAUUCAACAGUUAGCUGGGGUACAGAAUCACUAAGUGAUUCCAGUCGCAAUUUUUCCAUACGUCCUGCUGUUUAUCCACCUUGGGCGACACAUUUACCUUUGGACUCAAUGCUAAGUCAUAUAGAAGAUAAUAAACCUGAAAACUUACAGGAUGAUGGUGGACAAAUGUCUUCAACACAUGGUGAUAUCACUCAUCGCAUAUGUUCUGAUCUAGAAAACAUGUGGAGGAGCGAACAUGCAAAAAAUGUAUCUGAUUACAAGGAAAAUCUAAGAAAUCAGACUACUACUACUACUACUACUACUCGAGAUGUUGGCAAUACAAUCACACCCAAACAGCUAGUUGAUUACUCUCUUCGUCAGAUACCAGGUCUUUCUAGACCAAGUAAACAAACUAUGGAUCAUUUAAUUGUUGGUAACGAUAUACAAACUAAUCUGAAUAGCAGUCGCAUAUGGUUUACUGCACGUCUACUUGUAUUUGACAGUAGUGAUAUUGUACAGAGUAAAAGGCAAUCGAAAUAUACAAGUGACAUGGAAUGGACAAAUUCUAUAUCCUCAUUUGCACUACGUAAUUUCAUUGGGAUAGGCUUUCCACACGACUCUACAAUAGCAUUAUAUGAAGAUCAUAAAACUGGAGUAAGUUCUAAGCCACUACCAUUUCUUCGGAGGUCAGUUUAUCAUUGUGCCUGGGGUUCUAGGCGUGGUCAAACUUAUCUACCAGAAGUUGACCUUUUUCCUGGGGCAGUAUUAUUUAUUCACUAUUCAAAUGAAUUCAAAACACCUAAUUCGUUGAAACAGUAUUUUAAUCGUACUGGAAGUAUCCUUCGUAUUCUUAUAACUGGAGUGGAUCGACCGGCUAAACGCAAAGCACUUGAAUCAGAAUUAUCCCGACAAGGAGUACCUAAAGACCAGUGGUAUUCUGUUAUGGCUAAACUCCAUGUUGCACGUUUAUUGAUCAGACCAAGGAAUUUGAUGCAAUUGUAUAAAUUACAGUGUGUAUGGCGUCGAGAAUUACGUAAACGUACCAGACCUAUUGAAGCUUUUUUAAAUCUACACUUAUACUAUCGCAAUGCUUUGAAGGAUAAUAAACAACUUGUGGAGAAGUUGAAACAAACUCAGGAAUGCUCUAACACCAAUACUGCGACUGCUGCUACUACUACUGCCAAUAAUAUAAAUAAUGUUAUUUUAAGUGAAGAAGAACUAUGCGUAUGUAAACAGAUAGUUCGUAAAAUACUAGAAGAUGGUUUAAUAUGGUUCAGACUACCUGAAAUAAACGAAGCGGAAAAUUUGAAUUUACUUUGGAAUGCCUUGGAGGAUUCGUCUGGUCACAAAGGGAUUCCUCAUUUUUCAGACUAUAUUUCACUUGUAUUUGGAGAACUGCCAGAGGUUCAUCGUGCCCUUUUAAGAAGAGUAUUUUUGAAAAUGGAUCCAAAUCUACUCGGUCAUAUCCAACUAUUGGAUAUUAAACGAUUUUAUAAUGCUCCCAAAUGGGCUGUGAAUCAACUGGGCAAUAAUAUAGCACAUUCACAGAUGGACCUAUUGAAUAUCUUCGAAAAAUUCAUCAGUAUUCGAAAUUGUUUAGAAUACAUAGAAUUUGAAAAUUAUUAUCAAGCUAUUUCAAUUGCUCUAGGAGAAUGUCCUGUGGAUCAAUUGAAGUCAGACGCUAGUUAUAUGGACUUGUGUUCACUACUUCCGUCGAGUGAAUGUGCUCAAAACUACUUCUUGGGUCAAGAGACUGUCAAUGGUUGUGAUACAUUUAAACGAAUGAUUGAAGACUCUUGGUGUAUUUAAUUUAAUGAAGGUGUGUCACACACACCAAAAAAAGCAAACUGACACAUUUGUAAAAUUCAGCUACACAGUCAGUGUUUUCUUAAGUGCUUUACUGGUAUUUUUUUAAAGUUUUUAAGUCUUCAUCUUUUGUACUGAUUUCAUUAAUUUACAAUUUUUCUAGUUUUAUUUUUUGUGUAUUCUUUUGUGCAUCCGGUGAGUUUUGUUUGAUACUCUGUGAUUUUAACCAACUCUCUAAAUGUUGUAUUUAGUUUGUACACAAUUUGUAUGUGGAGUACUU